AUGGCCGUGGGCAUGGUGACUCAAUUGCGUCUAGACAUGGCCGUGGGCAUGGUGACUCAAUUGCGUCUAGACAUGGCCGUGGGCAUGGUGACUCAAUUGCGUCUAGACAUGGCCGUGGGCAUGGUGACUCAAUUGCGUCUAGACAUGGCCGUGGGCAUGGUGACUCAAUUGCGUCUAGACAUGGCCGUGGGCAUGGUGACUCAAUUGCGUCUAGACAUGGCCGUGGGCAUGGUGACUCAAUUGCGUCUAGACAUGGCCGUGGGCAUGGUGACUCAAUUGCGUCUAGACAUGGCCGUGGGCAUGGUGACUCAAUUGCGUCUAGACAUGGCCGUGGGCAUGGUGACUCAAUUGCGUCUAGACAUGGCCGUGGGCAUGGUGACUCAAUUGCGUCUAGACAUGGCCGUGGGCAUGGUGACUCAAUUGCGUCUAGACAUGGCCGUGGGCAUGGUGACUCAAUUGCGUCUAGACAUGGCCGUGGGCAUGGUGACUCAAUUGCGUCUAGACAUGGCCGUGGGCAUGACUCAAUUGCGUCUAGACAUGGCCGUGGGCAUGGUGACUCAAUUGCGUCUAGACAUGGCCGUGGGCAUGGUGACUCAAUUGCAUCUAGACAUGGCCGUGGGCAUGGUGACUCAAUUGCGUCUAGACAUGGCCGUGGGCAUGGUGACUCAAUUGCGUCUAGACAUGGCCGUGGGCAUGGUGACUCAAUUGCGUCUAGACAUGGCCGUGGGCAUGGUGACUCAAUUGCGUCUAGACAUGGCCGUGGGCAUGGUGACUCAAUUGCGUCUAGACAUGGCCGUGGGCAUGGUGACUCAAUUGCGUCUAGACAUGGCCGUGGGCAUGGUGACUCAAUUGCGUCUAGACAUGGCCGUGGGCAUGGUGACUCAAUUGCGUCUAGACAUGGCCGUGGGCAUGGUGACUCAAUUGCGUCUAGACAUGGCCGUGGGCAUGGUGACUCAAUUGCGUCUAGACAUGGCCGUGGGCAUGGUGACUCAAUUGCGUCUAGACAUGGCCGUGGGCAUGGUGACUCAAUUGCAUCUAGACAUGGCCGUGGGCAUGGUGACUCAAUUGCGUCUAGACAUGGCCGUGGGCAUGGUGACUCAAUUGCGUCUAGACAUGGCCGUGGGCAUGGUGACUCAAUUGCGUCUAGACAUGGCCGUGGGCAUGGUGACUCAAUUGCGUCUAGACAUGGCCGUGGGCAUGGUGACUCAAUUGCGUCUAGACAUGGCCGUGGGCAUGGUGACUCAAUUGCGUCUAGACAUGGCCGUGGGCAUGGUGACUCAAUUGCGUCUAGACAUGGCCGUGGGCAUGGUGACUCAAUUGCGUCUAGACAUGGCCGUGGGCAUGGUGACUCAAUUGCGUCUAGACAUGGCCGUGGGCAUGGUGACUCAAUUGCGUCUAGACAUGGCCGUGGGCAUGGUGACUCAAUUGCGUCUAGACAUGGCCGUGGGCAUGGUGACUCAAUUGCAGUCUAGACAUGGCCGUGGGCAUGUCGACUCAAAAAUCCACUCAUCACAUGGUGACUGGCGCCCAAUGCCCCCACACACAAUGCACACCACCACUGACAUGGGCGUCUCGAAUCUUGACAUCGCGACGGACAUGGUCUCGUCUCGCCUCUCGCCCCUGGUGCGCUCCUCGCUGCUCUCGUCCAGCACCCACGCGAAAGCAAACGACCCCUUGCCCUGGACGGACCACUGCUCUUACCCAGCCCAUUGCGACACACCCUAG